AUGCAAAAUUGGUAUCACCUUCAGCACGAUCAGACGGGCGGGAACCAGCUCUUUGCCUCUGCCGUCUCGCUUCGUCCAAUCGCUGAUGCCGGUGUUCACGUGAAUCCCUCCAUCCGACGCGAGAUUGUACGCAAGUUGGAGCGUGAAAUGGACUUGCCCGCAAACCGCAAGGACUUCUUCUACUCUGCCAGUAUGGUCCAUGUCAAUGAAUACGUCUCCUCCUCGAAUGUGAACGAGUACAUACGCAGCGUGACGAAGAUAGGCGAGGGCGAGACGGAGGCAGAGGGAACUGUGGCACAUCCUUCCAAUCACGUUGUCAAGAUGCUUAGUGAACUCUUCGACUUCGCCUUGCUCCGCAGCCCCACCUUCCUUCUCCUCCUCGCAUCCAGCGUCUUUGGUCUCCUUGGUGAGUCUGUCAGCUUGUUAAACCCUUUUCUUCAUUUUUCCGCUUGGUAUUUGUGA